AAUGGGUUCCCGUUCUACUCACUACUUGUUAGAAUCAUUGAGCUACCAGCCAUAGUUAAGUACAGCAGCAGAAUUUCACUAUUUCCCGACUCGUAAACUAAAUUCACAUUGUGCCGAGCGGAGCUGUGAGGUGGUGACCGGUGUAUACCUACGUGCCAGUGCUUCCAGGAUGUACUAGAGAUGAAACCAUUCUCCAAAUGAAGAUAGACAGUGUGAUCUCCGCAGAGGCUACCUAAAACCCCACCUGGACUAAACUAACCACAAUAACUCCAUCCAUUCCCUCCAAACAUCUGGUCAUGGAGAUUUGAUUUGACCAGCUGAGCCUGAGAAAAAAGUCAAAUCCAAAUCAGCUAUCAGUUCCAGCCUAUAAAGGCAGUUGUUGAAAAGAGGUGACAGGCACUAAAGGCAGCCAAGAUGUUUGCGAUCAUGCAAAUCGACAACGACGUGGGAGGAGGACAAUUCAGGAGGAAGAUGCGUACAAAGUGCGAGUUCGUGUGCAAGUUUUGCCAAAGGAGGUUCAACAAGCAGUACAACCUGAUGAUACACGAGAGGACGCACAAGAGUCCAGAGAUGACGUUCUCCUGCGAGAUAUGCGGCAAGAAUUUCAAAAGGCAGGACAAUCUCAAGCAGCACAGGGCUAUCCAUUCUCCUACAAGUGGUGCAUACGGAUGCUGGAAUAGCCGAUAUUAGAAUAUCAUUUAAGGUGCUUUAUAAUUUCAACAAAAGUCAGUAUUCAAAAUAUUUAUUUAUGUUUUUGUUUGUAAAUAAUUGUAAAACUUAAUAAUAUAAUAAAUUAUUGUAUGUUCUAUGAGAUGGAAACAGCAUUACAUGCACAAUAUUCAAUGUAUUAUAACGCAUGAUGCAGAAAAUAUUCAAACAUUCAUUCAUUCAUUCUCGAUAUAAUGAAAUGGCAAAAAUAAUGUGUCAAUGGAGAAUAUAACUAAAUCAACCAACCAUGAUUGGUAGAAAUGAUAUACUCAGGUUUUCUGAAAAUACGCCGCACGGUCACACUUUGAGACUUCUCCAAGUACAUGUUUAGUGAUCUCGGUUGUACCAUUAUUGCCGAUUUUGAACAGGUAACGAUCUGUACAUUUAGGAUAAUCGUGAUGAUGUUACGAUUGUUUCUUGAUGAGAGAUUUAUUUCAAUCGACGAACUAUACCUUCUCAACUUCGAAUUGAGACUUAUCAUUUUCACAAAAUGGGAACAGACAAUUUCGAAUUGGGACAAAAUUAUUAGGCACGGAUUUAACAAAGUCAAAUUCGGACUAAACAAAUUCAAAUUGGAACAAUCAAUUUCCAAUCGGUACUAAACAAUCUGGAGUUGAUUGAGAUAAUUAUAUCAAUUAAAUUUAGAGCUUCAGGAAUGAAUCUAUGAACAUUAGCAUAUCCAUGGCAAAUAUAUUCAUAUUUAUUGAAUUCUGUACAAUGAUGUCGUAAUAUUCUUCUGUGAUAUUGGCCCUUCUUUCUCAUUUCUCCUUCUUGUUGUUUCCUGUUGUUCCUCUAUUUCGUCCUGAUUCUCCAUUCCACUUCUCAUUUUGUCUGCAAUUUCUUUAUUUAUCAAUUCAAAUAUUAGGUAGGUACGAUGAAUCAUAGCUUAUAAUUAAUCUGGAUUUUGAGACAAUAUCGACAAUUCGUUUCCCAAUUUGAAGUGGUUUGGUCUGAAAUCGAAUGAGUUUGUUCUUAUUUUGCCUGUGUUAUUCAAAUUGAGUUUACUAAUUCCCAAUUCGAAACUGUUAAUUCUGAAUUCGAAACUGCUAAUUCCUAAUUUGAUUGUGUUAAUUCUCAUUUUGAAUUCGUUUACUAAUUUGGUUGUGUUAUAUCCCAAUUUGAAAUUGAAAAGGUAUAGUACUAGAACCUUUCAGUUGAUGUGAUGUUUUAAUGCUUCUGUUAUUACAGUGUUAUGUCUCGAACUUGUAAAUAUUAAAUUUAAUGACAUAGAUAUUUAUGAAUAGUUUUAAGUUAAUGAGAAUUGUUAUUCUAUAAUAAUAAAGCAUGUUAAUCA